AUGGUGUCUGUGCCCACCGCCUGGUGCUCUGUCGCUCUAGCCCUGCUCGUGGCCCUGCAUGAAGGGAAGGACCAGGCUGCCGCCACCUUGGAGCAGCCGGCAUCCUCACCCCGUGCCCGUGGCGCCCACCUGCGGCUCCGCCGUUGCUCCUGCAGCUCCUGGCUUGACAAAGAGUGCGUCUACUUCUGCCACCUGGACAUCAUCUGGGUGAACACUCCCGGACAGACAGCUCCUUACGGCCUGGGAAACCCGCCAAGACGCCGGCGCCGCUCCCUACCAGGGCGCUGUGAGUGCUCCAGCACCAGGGACCCCGCCUGUGCCACCUUCUGCCACCAAAGAUCCCGGGCCGAUGUCGUGGGGGUCCCAGGCAGCCAGUCCUCUGCAGACACAUUCCAGGCUGGCAAGACGUGGGCCACUCCAGGCGAGCUCCUGCGGACACUCAGGGACAUUUCUGCAGCCAAGGCUCACUUUGCCAAGCGACAGCAGGAGGCAACGAGGGAGCCCAGGACCACACACUCCAGGCACAGGAAGAGAUAGCACUGCCACAGGGAAUGCCAAGAAGAAAACCAUGUGGACACAGGAGAGGGGCUGCCCAGGGCUUGCAGGAGACCCGGCGCCAAGGCCUUGGGCCCAGCUGGCUGGACCCCUCUGCCCGGGGUUGGCACAAACCUGGCCUCCCCGCCACGGUGAGGAGCCUCCCUUGAGGCAGCUCCGGGCCCUCGUGCUGCCUAGGAAAGCCAUGGACCACCAGAAUGCAAAGCAGCCUCCCCGUAUUGGCUGCGGGUGCACAGCCUUGCUUGGAGGGACCUGCAUGGGGAACACAUGAACCUGGACACCAAGACCUGCCUAUUGGGCCACCAGCCAGAAGCGACCAUGCAGCAGUGGACACUCAUGCCUAAGCUGGUCCUGGAGGCUGGCCGGGUCCCCCAAAAGGGCCUCCAUUCGCCCUCCCUGGCUCAUCCUGCCUAGAGUCCUUGUGGGAGCGUACCCUUGGCGCGCUCCUGGUGAGACACCCUUGCUGCUGUGCCUCACCUGUCUGUACAUAUCUUUUUGCUCCGAGAACUUUGAGAACUCCAAUUAUUUAUUUUAAUGUAUUUUUAGACCCCCAAUUAUUUGCCUUGCAACUUGUGUUUGUAAUAAAUGAUG